GUUGAUCGCUGUCAAGGGGAGUAUAGAUAUAUAUAAGGAGAGAUCUCUAGCGUUUCCCCUGGAUUUUGGAUUACUUUCGAACUGGCAUUCGCUCACACGGCCAUGUCCACCCAUCCCGAUAUCGAGCUCAAGCCCGCUCCCGGAGUCUCCUACUUCACUCCUGCUCAGGUUCCUCCGGCAGGAACUGCAGCAGACCCUCAGUCGGAUGGCUUGAAGCCUCCCAAGCUGUUUAAGCCGCUCACCCUGCGUGGUGUCACCUUUCAGAAUCGCAUCGGGCUUUCGCCUCUCUGCCAAUACUCUGCGCAGGAUGGCCACAUGACGGACUGGCAUUUGGCCCAUCUGGGAGGCAUUGCCCAGCGGGGGCCUGGCUUCAUCAUGAUCGAGGCAACCGCUGUAGAGCCCGAGGGGCGCAUCACCCCUCAGGAUGUGGGACUGUGGAAGGACUCCCAGAUCGAGCCUCUGAAGCGUGUGGUCGACUUUGUCCACAGCCAGAACCAGAUCAUCGGUAUCCAGAUCGCCCACGCUGGCCGCAAAGCCAGUACAGUCGCCCCUUGGCUUUCUUCCGGCGAUCUGGCCACGGAGAAGGUCGGCGGCUGGCCGGACCGCGUCAGGGGCCCUUCCAACGUUCCUUUCUCUGACCGUUUUCCUGUCCCCAAGGAAUUGACCAAACAGGGGAUUGAGGAUUUUAAGGCCGCGUGGGUUGCGGCGGUUAAGCGCGCAGUCCAGGCCGGUGUUGAUUUCGUCGAGAUUCACAAUGCCCACGGUUACCUGCUCAUGUCUUUCCUUUCCCCGGCCACCAACAAGCGUACGGACGAGUAUGGAGGCAGUUUUGAAAACCGCAUUCGUCUGUCGUUGGAGAUCGCCAAGCUCACUCGGGAGAAUGUUCCCAAGGACAAGCCCGUCUUCCUGCGUGUGUCGGCCACCGACUGGCUGGAGGAGUCGCUCCCCGGCCAGCCCAGCUGGCGGUUAGAGGACACGGUUAAAUUCGCCAAGGCCCUGGCGGAAAGUGGCGACAUCGAUCUCCUCGAUGUUAGCACGGGCGGCAAUCACUCUGCCCAGCACAUCCACGCUGGUCCUGGAUUCCAGGCUCCGUUCGCCAUUGCCGUCAAGAAGGCCGUUGGCGACAAGCUGGCCGUAUCUAGCGUCGGGUUGAUCAACAACGCCAAACUGGCAAACUCCCUGCUUGAAAAGGAGGGUCUGGACUUUAUUCUGGUUGGGCGCGGCUUCCAGAAGAAUCCUGGUCUCGUCUGGACGUGGGCGGAUGAGCUGGAUGUUGAAAUCUCCAUGGCGAACCAGAUCCGCUGGGGAUUCAGCAGUCGUGGAGGCGGUCUCUUUCUGAAGAAAGCAUCACAGAAGGUUUAGACCAUCAGCCAUUCUGCUUGAUGAUAAAGCUAACGGCGGUCGAUGCUGGAUAGAGCAAGAUAUAGACCACGGUGACGAAUGAUGAAGGAUACAUACAGCAUGUUGAUGGAAUAACACCUAUAUCUACUUCAAAUAUCGUGCAACCAAGCGAGUACUCUAGUCAGCGUACUCUAGUCAGCAUGAACCCAUCCGUGUAACCCACAGCAGCGUCGAGAAUCGCCUGCGUAUGAAUCUCCCCAGGGCAAAGCGUAAGCUGCACCCUAACAUCCUGCCCGCCCAUCCCCCCCUUGCACCAACGACAGCCGCAUAUGCCUUAACAUGUCUGCUGCAGUAAGGGCUUAGGGCUAGGGUAGAGACACAACUGGCAGACCAUCAUAUAGGAACACGACAGCAAAGCGUUAUAACAUCAAGAAACAUACACAGCCUGUAACUUCUUCCCUCUCCACAGUUCCCAUCAGGAAAGAAGGCGUCAUUCAAGACGGAUUCAAAUAUAACAUCUCGUAGUCAUCGCAACUUUUGC